GAGACAGAGCAGAGAGUUUCAGUGGAGACGGAAAAUACUUUGAUUUUCGUUGUCGUUUUCUCCUUAAAGUUGGCCGUCAUGAUUACAUCAAAACUUCCCAUCGCUCUCUUUUUAAAACGGAAGUGUUUUCCAUCGAGCCUGGUAGCCUCGUUUUAAUACCGCUAUGGAUACGUUACGGUGAAAGAAGAAGUUAGAAACUUUCCCAUUCCCCGGUCCUCGGAGCGCAGCACAAUGGACUCCAGACAGAGGAAGCGCUCUGGAAGAGGGAGGCUGUGGAGGAUUUGCUUUUAUCUAGCUUGCCUCUCCUGUGCCUCAGCUCAGCUCAGCUAUUCCGUGUCGGAGGAACUAAGGCCGGGCUCUGUCGUUGGGAAUAUUGCUAAUGAUUUGGGUCUUACUGCUCAGCGGAUUGAACAGAGGAAGUUGCGGGUGGUCUCGGAAUCCCCAACGCAGUACUUUGAGGUAAAGCAGGCGACCGGCGAUUUGGUUAUUAAACAAAAUAUAGACAGGGAGCAAAUGUGUGAAGUGACUUCAGUGUGUUCACUGCACCUUCAAAUACUUCUGGAGGAUCCACUGGAAAUUCAUCGCGUCGUGGUGGACAUUCUGGACGUGAAUGAUAACGCACCGCAGUUUUCAACCAGCAACAUUUCUUUGGAGAUAUCAGAGGCGGCCGCGCCGGGCACAAGGUUCCGUUUGGAGAGCGCACACGACCCAGACGUGGGUGCCAACUCGUUACGCACUUACCAUCUCGCAGCAAAUGACUUCUUCACUUUGAAUGUGGAAAGUAAAAGUGAUGGUAGCAAGUUUCCAGAGCUAGUGGUGGAUAAACCUUUGGACAGGGAGACGCAGGCCAAGUUUCGCCUGCUGCUCACUGCUGUGGAUGGGGGUCAGCCGGAGAAAUCUGGCUCAACACUUCUGCUCAUUAAAAUUCUAGACGUAAAUGACAAUGCGCCUGUCUUUGAUGAACCGAUAAAGAAUGUUAGGCUAUUAGAAAAUGUCGCACAUGGCACUUUAGUAACGAAAUUGAACGCGACGGACGCCGAUGCGGGUAACAACGGAGAAAUAUCUUUCCUGUUUAGUAAAUAUACUCCGGAACGGGUUCUCAGACUUUUCAGUGUGGAUUCUAAAAGCGGGGAGAUCCGUGUGAAGGGUGAUGUGGAUUAUGAGAAGGCCACUGCAUACCACAUCACGGUGCAGGCCAGAGAUGGCGGCUCUCCAGCUAUGGAGGGCUCCUGUAAUGUCAUAGUGGACAUCAUUGAUGUGAAUGACAACGCACCAGAGGUGACACUGACAUCACUGACCAGUCCUAUCAGAGAGGACUCAGCACCAGGGACAGUGAUAGCUCUGAUUAAAGCACGGGACCCGGACUCUGGUGCUAAUGGGGAGGUUACAUUAACAGUCCAGCCAGGUUUGCCAUUCAAACUCAAUUCAGCUUUUGACAGCCAUUACAGCCUCAUCACUGCUGGCAGCCUGGACCGUGAGGCUGUCCCAGAGUACACAGUGGUCAUCAGGGCCACUGAUGCCGGUUCCCCUCGCCUUUCAUCGCAAACCACCUUCGUAGUGAAGCUUUCUGAUGUAAAUGACAAUGCUCCCACCUUCUCUCAACCUUCAUACUCUGUGGACAUCCCAGAGAACAAUCCUCCCAGCAGCCCCAUCGCUGCUGUUUCAGCCACUGACCCAGACCUUGGCGAUAAUGCUCGCAUCUCCUACUCCAUCCUUCCCAGCAUGGUCCAGGGCUCACCCAUUUCUUCUUAUGUCUACAUUAACCCAGAGAGUGGCCACAUCUACAGCAUGCGCUCUCUGGAUCAUGAACAGCUUAACGCUUUCCGUAUUGAAGUGCAGACCAGGGAUGCAGGGGUCCCCCCACGGACAGCCAACGUUACUGUGCAUGUGUUUGUGGUGGAUGUGAAUGACAAUGCACCAGUGAUUGUACACCCCUCCUACCCAAAAGACAAAGGAUUACAGCUCACUGUGCCCCCAUCUGCCGGCCCAGGACACCUCAUAAAUAAACUUGUAGGGGUGGAUGCAGACAGUGGGCACAAUGCUUGGCUGUUUUACUCCAUUGCCCCUGGACCAAAUGCUGGCAUGUUUCGUAUUGGGGCACACACAGGGGAGCUCCGCACAGCCCGCAAGUGGGCCGAGGAGGAAGGGGGCUCAGCUUAUGACAUUGUGAUCAUCAUUCAGGACAAUGGUGACCCGCCAAAGUCCUGUUCUGUGAACAUUACAGUAACUGUGGAUGAGAAGAGCAUGGCCAAUGAUGCUCCAGCAAGCCCCCGACACACACCCUUCUACAGCCGCAGUGGGAUGUCGGACAUCACCCUGUACCUCAUCAUCUCUCUAGCCUGUGUAUCAGCUGUUUCCUUUAUCACCUUUGUUGUUCUUAUGGUACGCUGCCUAAGGCACCGUGGCCCUGGGCUGGGAGGCUCUGACUGCUGCUGCUACGGUCGUCACAGGUCCAGCCGCUACCAUCAGAGGCCCAGCAAGGACCUGCACCUGCAGCUCAACACUGAUGGACCCAUACGUUAUAUGGAGGUUGUGGGAGGCCCCCAAGAGCCACACACGCGCACUUACAGACCCUGCUACUCCACCAUAUCCAGCCGAAGUGACUUUGUAUUUAUGAAGACACCCAUGCUGAGUCACAACAACACACUCAACAUGACACUCAGCAGGAAGCACCUUAUGAACUCAGCCAGUGAGCAAAAGCCCCCCAACAAUGACUGGCGCUUCACACAGGGACAGAGACCUGGACCCAGCGGGGCAACCGGAGGACCUGAGGUUGCCAUGGGAACUGGCCCCUGGCCCCAACCCCCUACUGAAGCUGAGCAGCUCCAGGCCCUGAUGGCUGCAGCCAACGAAGUGAGCGAGGCUACAGCCACCCUGGGGCCUGGCACCAUGGGCCUUAGCACCCGCUAUAGCCCCCAGUUCACUCUGCAGCACGUGCCCGAUUACCGCCAGAACGUCUACAUCCCCGGCAGCACAGCCACCCUAACCUCCAACCCCCAGCAGCAGCAGGCCACUGCCCAGCAGGCCACCCAGCAGGCACUGCCCCCGCCCCAGGCCUCAGCCCAGCCCGAGCCCCCCAAGGCCGCCCAGACCCCUGCCUCCAAGAAGAAGUCCACCAAGAAGGAGAAGAAGUAGAUCUGGACGAAGAGAGGUGGAGGAAUGAUAAACCUGGCCUGAUUUGAUGAGAAAUUCAACCCCCCAUAUCCCCCCAUUAGGUAUCUGACUGCUCUGCUGUCACUCAUGCUAGCCACGGUCUAAAUAUUGACAGCAAAUCAAUUUUGGCCGCAUGGGCGAUGCUGAUGGUUCUUUGAAAGAGUGUCAUGAAGAAUCUGAAUGUGUUGAAGGUUGUUGCUGGUGUUGAUAACCCGUGCUGUGCUAAAGGUCUAGUAUUGCUGGUGUACUCUUUGUUGGUAGAUAUUUUUGGCAGGUUAUGGGGGGUUAUUGUGAUUUUUUUUUUCUUCUUCUUUUGGCAAAAUCAGAUUAACUUGGACAAAGAGAUUCAGUGUAACGAACCUUGCUGGGAUGACAAGGCUAUACACAGUGAUGUAUUAAGAGAAGAAAUGUUAAUGUCUUUCAUGUUGGAUUUAUUGUUCUCUUUCCCUGAGGUGGAAAGUCAGCUAUUGUAAAGUACGCUAGUUGCCAUCCAUUAGAUUCCUAUAUAGGGUCAGUCUUGCAGGGUCUUAAAGCAUAAGUCCUGUGGAUAUAAGGCUGUUGUUUGACAGGUAUUACAAACUCUUCUGCAUGCUCUUUAAGGUUCAAACCACAUAUACUAGUUUAGCAUCGCAAACUAUGCAUUGCAAAAGCAAAGAGGAGGACACCCUCAAUCUAUUCUCCUCCCUCCAAUCGCAGGUCAAUAUAAUGCACAUGUAGCAUUUACUUGACACAAAAUGAAAAUUACUUUUGUAAUCAUAGUUUAAAAGAUAAGAUUUUAACCUCCUGUUAUUUUGUAUGACCUGAGCAUGCACCCAGAGGAAGGGCUGGCAGAGGGUGGAGCGGCAUGGCACUGUGUCAUGGAGUCAAGAGCCAUGCUGUCCAUGCAGGUGGUAAAACAGCAGGGACCGGCUUCUUGUAUGACACCUCCAGAUGGGCACAGACAUGUCCUGCACCCUCUACCUUCCCUUCUUCAUACCCAGCUCGUGUCCUCCCCUCACUCACUACCCCAUGUUGAGAGCCAAACAAAGAGAAAUGCACUGUUCGUAUUCUGGAGAUGAGAUGCUGUAGGGGUAGUAAAUCACUUUGGUCUUUAGGGAAACGCGUAGAUGUGGUAAACUUAAGUGCUUAGGAGUUUCUAGACACUUUGCAGGCCUCUAGGGCCUCGACAGAGUAUUUCCCCUCACUAUCCUGAAGUGCUGAAGAAACUUAUUGAUGUGACACAGUAACAUGUUUUUUUUCUUUGGGAGAUAAUGAUUCGAUAGCAUAGAGGAAUUGUUUGUAUAAGAAAUGAAGUCUUUACUUUGCCAUCCAUCUGUCUGUCUGUCAGGCCCCUGGCCAGAUAAAACUGCAUGAGAUAAGGCAGCUUGCAGGCUGGGUCGGGGGAGUGGAGGGAGCUGUGCUGAAGGGUACACAGACUGAGGUGGCACCAUUACAUCAACCAGGGGGGUGGGGAAAAACAAAAUCUAGGCUCUACCCACUGAAUGUACAGAGGAACCACUGUUGACCCGUCCACCCCCUAAACUUUCUCUAAUGCACUGACCCAGGUAGGGGUCAACAGAGCCAUGCACAGCUGUCCCUGUUGGUGAGGAGAUACCACUCGAGAGCCCUUUGAAACGUCCUUUCUCCACUGAAAUCAGUGGGAAACCUCAGCCUUUUUACCACUCGCCUCUCCCCUCCGCUCUCUGGUCCUGUGAGGCUCUUCCCCACUGUAAAUAAACACAAGUCCUGUCGAUGGUAUGAGCCAGUUGUUUGUAUAGUAGGGACCACGUCCAACAUUUUCAAAAUAAAAGUCCCUCUCCACAAGGCGUGGCUUACUACUGGAAUGUGUUGCAUUUUGUUUUUCAAGAAAAAUACAAAAACCACAGUUUAAAAAAAUAAAUAAAUAAAAGAAUAAUGAAUAAAAAUCUGAGAUGUUCUUCAACAGUUUGUGUUGCAAUGUAGUAACUAAGCACCAUGGAAG